UGACGUAUGAGAAUUUCAAAGUGGUAUGAAAUCCAAAGUAUUUUGUUAAAUAUUUAGAGAAAAGAAACGUAAUGGUGGAUAUAGUCGCCGGGCGUGUUAACCGUGUGUUGGAAACGCUGGAAUCGUUUAGAAGCCAGUGGACACCAGCUGUAGCACGGCAGAUUGAUCUUGUACGUCGUGUUUAUAACGAAUUGUUGAUUGAUGAUGAUCCAGAAGCAGAAUUGUCGGUAACUGCGGAGGUGGUACUUGCGCAGGCCAUGGAAAAACUAGGCGACAUGUUGCAGGAGAUGGCACAUCAACACCGGAGUACUCAUCAAAUGUUGUCAAAGAUUGGCAGAGCUAUCGACAGAUAUUUCGUCACCGACCUUAGUUCUUUAACGAAAAUUGAUAAGAAUAUUGAUACAGAUCCAAGAUUGCAUGGCAGAGUGAACGCUCUCAUUACCAAUCAUUUGACGAGUACUGGGAAAUUCGAUGUUGCAGAUAUUCUGACGAAAGAAGCGCAACUACCAGCAUCGGAAGGUUUGGAGUUCAAUGUGGAUGAUAUCCGACAUCUAAUGGAAGCGUUUCAGAAAAGAGAUAUUACGCCUGCACUCCAGUGGCUCAAGCAAAAUGCUUCUCGAGAUGAACAGUUGAUUUAUGAUCUUCAAAAACAACACUUUGUCAAACUUUUGGAGGAUGGGCAGACUAUGGAGGCCUUGCAAUACAGCCGCCAGCUUUCGAAAAAUCCGGAAGAGAUGAUGCAGUUGUUGUGGGCAGUUGUUGCUAAAGACCGUAAGACACGUUAUCCUGAUCUUUUCAAUCCUGUCGUUUGGCAGCAACUGGAGUUGCGACUUGCUCGAGUUAUGUCUCGAUCAGAAAAUUAUCUCAGUCAAAUUCUCGAACUUGGUAUCAGAAUGGUACCAUCACUCAUCAGUCUUCGUCAGCUAAUGGUGAAUCGAUCACUGGAAUCAUUAUUUCAAGGUGACGAACUGCCGAUUGAAGUGGAUGUACCAAAUGCUACGCAUUCCGUAUUUGCUUGUCCAAUUCUUAAGGCACAGUGUACAGAGCAAAAUCCUCCAAUGCGUCUUACAUGUGGCCAUGUAAUUUCCCGAGAAGCGCUUCACAAAUUAGCCCAAACAGGACGUUUUGUUGCGCCGACCAAUUUGGCUCCAUCCAAUGCAUUCAGUCAUAUCCGUUUAAAGUGUCCAUACUGUCCUGUGGAAUCAUCAGUAGCUGAUGCGAAGAGAGUAUAUUUCUGAUAUCCCUUUCAUCAAAUAUAUGUCAUUUGUUAUACAUAUGUCCUGUGUAUACAUUUAUUGAUUGUUUGUAGUUUACAUGUAUUGAUUGUUUACAGUUACCGACUAAUUUGUACCAUUCUUUGGCAUUCAUUACACAAUCGAUCGUUUCAAGGUGAAAAUAUUGGUAUGAGAUUACCACUACCUCUUCUUUGCCGUCGCUUUACUGCACCCUACACGAAGAUUAUCGAUGCUGAUAAAGUUUUUCCAGGGUAGGUAGUAUAGCUCAAGUAACGAUACUACUGUUAAACUAUUGUAAAAUGUCCUUGCAUGUGCAACUCUGUCCCUUAUAAUGCCCUUCGUCUUCCUGACCUAUGUUUGGAAUUUCCUUCCCUUUCUCGUCUCUCUCGGUGACUAUGACUUGCUGUAUUCCAUGUACAAUAUACUUUCUGCAUUGUAAACACGAUUUAUCCCUUGUCUACUGUCAACCUUGAAAUUACUAACGAAUUUUGACUUGCAUACCGUUUUUCCUGAAUUCCUGUUCGGCGCACUGAUUGGGGUUGUACAUUUCAGAAUACACCGUUUCUGUGUAGUGCACCUCUCAUGAAAUUU